CUACAAAAAAGCCCACAAUGGGUUCUCGCCCCGUUACAGAUGCUGAAUGGGAUUCUCUAUCGCCAGAUUUUCCAAACUUGGACAGAAGUUACACCUUCUGGCAAGCUCCUGAAACACUGUCGUAUAACUGUAUUGCAUGGUCUAUGGGUAUCACUUGGACUUGGAUCGACCCACCGUCUGACCAGAAUAGUUUCACAUUGCUAUACAAGUGUCUUGGCUUUAAACCUUGCGCAGAAAAUUUGGGUACAGUCGAUGGAUAUGCUCUGAAUGGAGAAAUGACUCACGCUUCAUGUUUACUUGGAACCACAUGGUCCAGCAAGCUUGGAGAGGAUUUUAGGAUCUCCCAUCCACGCGUCGGAUUAGUUGGCGGCAUACUGUACGGAGAUAUUGUUAGUCAUUAUUGUCCAGCAACAACUUCGUGGAGCCUUCCUCAGGAUCUCGAGCUAGAACCUGCAAGCCAGGAAGUUGUGCAACAAAUCGCUACCCUGGCAGACUCCAUCAAAACCUCAUAUCCAGAGCUUACUAAUAAUUUCGACACCCUGUACGCUGCUUGGAAGGGGACAUGGUUUUCGACUUUUAACAUGGCUCUGCAACAAAGCUCUGCUGCCCGGGCAACUGGACCACAGUGGGAGGCUGUAGUCGCUUUAGGACCGACUGUUCUACCUCUAGUCGUUGCAAAGCUGACAACUGGAGAUGAUGCAUUUGCUGUGCAGCUAUACAACAUGCUCGAAACAGAUGCGACCAAAAGAGUUGACCCAGAUGAACUGACAACCUACUAUUUUCUCAACAAUCAGGCUCAGGCAGAUGUCACCCUAUUCUCUAGUGAUGUCAGUGCCUUUAAUGCCCUCGCAGAUCUUUGGAUUCAGGAUCAGAGCCACAUUUUACGCUCAAGUCGUUCUACUGAUUAUCUAAAUCAUGAUUCUUACAAUCGCCUCGUCCGGAUGGGGAAGUCGGCCAUACCACUCAUCAUGGAGCGUUACGCAAGGGACCAGGAAGGGUGGUGGCAUGAAUUGAUGUACGAGAUUGUCCACCAACGGAGAUCUGGCUCUAUGACGUUUCAUAAAGUUGACUUGUUUGCAUAUUGGAAGGACUGGUUUCAGAAUCCUUCUGUUUCUCAAGCUAGUAGUUCUUAGUUUUAAGGCUAGCUUUCUAUAGUGAG